GUGGCAAGUCCUCAUGAAGCAAGAUGGCGGCCAACAGAGAGACAGAUAGUGAAGCUUAUAGUGGAUUUGCUAUUGCAAAUAACAACAUGGUUAUUGAUUUUUGUCGUACAUCAGUUUCUGCCUUGGCAGGUAUGUCAGCUGGAGUACUAGGAUUAACUGGCCUGUCAGGAUUUAUCUUCUAUUUUGUAGCUUCCAUUUUCCUAUCUUGUCUCAUUAAUGUUAAAGCUGGGCAAGAGUGGAGAAAAUACUUCAUUUCUUGGUGGAGUUUAACAACUAAUGGAAUUUUGGGUGGACUUUUUACAUAUGUGUUAUUCUGGACAUUUCUUUAUGGAAUGGUUCACGUUUACUAACAGCGUUGUAAAAGAAGUCGGAAAAGCUCGAUUAAUGGCCAGAAAUAUUCAAUCAAA